CUUUUUCAUAACAAUGACUCAAUUGGAUCCUUUUAUUAUAUAUACUGUAAAACUAGCAAUGGAUUUUAAAUCCGUUGAGCCCUCUACUCCUAUUCCCAACACAUUCGACGAACAAGAUAACUCCACCAACCCUAUGUUUCCCGAUACAAUGGCUCGUAUAAUGACAAUCAAUGCUUUACACGAAGGCGGCAAAGAACCUGAACUAAGAAGAGACAACGUGCUUUCAUUACUCUAUCAUGCAGAUGAACAGUGGGUAGCAAGUACAGUCGAACUAUCUCAUAAGAGAAACGAUAGAGAGUUUCAACAAACAUUAGAUCUUGUGCAUCGACAACAACGGAUCUAUCUGGAUACGUUACAUUUAUUACAAAAGGCAGUCCUUUCGACAGACUCACAAAAGCGCUUUAAUGAACCGAUUUGGUUUGCAGCUCAAGUCUUGAAUAACAAUUGUCAAAUACGUCACCUUGAAUAUUUCACUGAUAUCAUUGCACCUUUGGCAACAAAGCUGGUCAAGUCGAUGGAACAAAUCCGACUGGUGACGCGUCGAUUAUUGUACAAGCAACAGACCUUGAAACAGAAGCAAUCUGAAUCAUCUUCUUUUUUUCAUGCAUUUUUUUCAAACUCAAAUCAAUCAGACACAACGUUUUAUAACAGCCAUCAGCACCACGAUUUAUUGAAAAGAGUAGAACCUCAUCUGGUCGAGCUUUUGUAUGACUGGACUAACUUUGAAAAGACACUAUACGAAUGUUACGUUCAUACAGUUUUUGGAAAAUAUCACACAAAUCUCAUCAUGGAAGAACAGCAAAAGUCGAAUUGUACUGAAAUCAUUCAACAACAGCAGCAAUUACCACAUGAAUUAUUUCACGAUGAGUUCACUCAAUUAUUACCCAUCGUAUUGGAGCGCGCCAUCAACCUACAAAUUAUGGACAUCCAGUCGAUACAGUCUUUGGAUCCCAUCGCAUUUGUUGCUGUACCUCGCUUGACCAUUUUAGCGGGUGUGACGUGGUUAACUCAUUUAACAGGUUGGAGAAGCAAUAUUUCGACUUUACCAAUUUGGGUCAAAUCCCACAUCGAGACCUUGAGUCGAAUCACAAGUGCACUGGACGCACUCGAAAAUCAAUUAUUAAAGAACCAGACCGAAGAUGCACAUCAUUCAUUUGUACAAAGAUACCAAAGGUUAGAACAAGGGCUGGUGACUGGUAGAUCUAUACUACAGGAUGAAAAUGAUCCUUGUCAGCAAUUAGAAAAGCAAAUAUUUUUAGAUAUUUGUAAUAUUGCUGAUUCCAUUUUAUCAAGUCAUCAAACACAAGCAUUUACUGUAGUUUUAUGCCAUUUAUUCAGACAUUUUGGAACACAGUAUGAUAUUGAGUUUGAAGAAUCUGAGGAUGCUGUACCACUCGAAUGUACCAUAUUAGAUUUAGCCAUUUAACUCUUCCAUCCCCCCCCCCACCUUCCUGUCAUCAUUAUUUUAUAUAUACGUACAUAUCAAUAAAAAAAGAAACCAUA